CGGAGCAGAGUGAUUCCUAUUGGCUGAUUCAGGCAGGGUUCCAUUGUGGACGUCACAAUGCGGAAGUUGGACAAUGAGCUUCAGAAUAAAACUUUCUCCUGUGUCCAACAUCUGUGAGUAAACCAAUGUUUCCCCCUUUCCAUUUCUUUUCUCAUUUUGGGGGCAAAUUGUUGAUUUGCAGGAACUGAAGGGAAAGGAAGUGAAUCCAGGGAGGGUGCAGACUCUGGCAAGGUUGGCCCAGGUCACUCUCUCUAAAAGAGAUUUGACAUCCUUGGAACUGAAUAUCAUUAACCUUUGAAUCUAGAAGGAAACUGUUUGUCUGACAUCCUUUGACCUAGAAGGGGAAACGUUUCUGUGUUCUGUCAGCUUCAAAAGGUUCUAAACAUCAGGGGGACUGGAAAAGGCCUGAGACCCACACACCCGAAUGAGAGGCUUCCAGUGCAUUGACUGUGGAAAGAGCUUUAACAUGAAAAAACAUUGCACCAUUCACAGCGAGGAGACCGUACACGUGUUCUGUGCAAACGAUUCUUCAUCUGUUUGUAGAACCUGGAGAGAUACCAGCAAAUGGAGAAACCAUGGAGAUGUGGGGACUGUGGGAAAGGAUUCAAAUUCCCAUCUGAGCUGGAAGCUCAUCAACGCAUUCACACCGGGGAGAGGCCAUUCAACUGCUCUCGCUGUGCAAAGUGGUUUAGAAGGUCAUCCUCCCUGCUGAGACACCAGCGAGUUCACACCGGGGAGAGGCCGUUCACCUGCUCUGUGUGUGGGAAGGGAUUCACUCAGUCAUCCAACCUGCAGAUCCACCAGCGAGUUCACUCUGGUGAGAGGCCAUUCACCUGCCCUGAGUGUGGGAAGGGAUUCACUCAGUUAUCCAACCUGCUGCAGCACCAUGUCACCCACACGAGUGAGAGACCUUUUAAAUGCUCUGACUGUGGGAGCGGCUUCAAAAGCUCUCAGGACCUGAUGAUCCACCAGCGCAUUCACACUGAGGACAGACCAUUCAGCUGUUCUCACUGUGCGGAGAGGUUUAGAAGGUCAUCCACCCUGCUGAUACACCAGCGAGUUCACACCAGGGAGAGGCCGUUCACCUGUACUGUGUGUGGGAAGGGUUUCAGUCAUUCAUCCACCCUGCUAACACACCAGCGAAUUCACAAUGGAGAGAAGCCCUUUACCUGCUCUGUGUGUGGGAGGGGAUUCACUCAGUCAGCCAAUCUGCAGAUCCACCAGCGAGUUCACUCUGGUGAGAGGCCGUUCAGCUGCUCUGUGUGUGGGAAGGGAUUCACUCAAUUAUCCCACAUGCAGAGACAUCAGCGAGUUCACAAGUGAUUACAGGGGUUGGAUUUUGCUGUUGUUGCUGCUGUUCAUCACAUCCAGGACUGAAACAUGUUCAUUCUGACAUUGGUGAAGUAGGAGGGUCGGAGGGUUUCUUUCUGCUGGACUGGCCAGUCUGACAGCUUUGCCUCCGGUGGGCUGAUGCACCUUGAGCCUGGGAGUGCACAUUUCUCCCUCGCCUGUGUACCUGGCUUCCGCUUAAUUGUAUUCAUGCUAUCCACAUCAACCACUCGCUGUGGUAGAUGGUUCCACAUUAAGUCCUCUAAGUUUUGAUAUUAUUCUUGUGUAUCUUUGUUGCCCCUUCUCCAGUACCUCUAUUUCUUUUUUUCUAAAUGGAGAUCACAGAUGUUGGCAGUACUCCCAGUGUAGUCUAACCAUGGUUGGAAACAAGUUGAACAUAACCUCUCUGCUUUUCAAUUCUAUCCCUCUGGAAUGAAACCCUAUAUCUGGGCCCCAUACUUUAGGAAAGAUGUGAAGUCCUUCGAGAGGGUGCAGAGGAGAUUGAGGAGAAUGGCACCAGGGAUGAGGGACUUCACUUAGCUGGAGAGACUGGGGUAACUGAAGCUCUUCUCCCAUGUGUUCAUUAGGGCAGAGAAUGGGGCCAUUCAGCCCUUUGAGUUAAUGCUGGUUCUCUGUCGAGCAGUUCCAUUGCCCCAUCCCAACCCCUUAUCCCUGUAGGUUCAUUUUGAUCAAGUUCCCAUGCAGUUUCUUUUUAAAAGUCAUUGCUUCACCUCUGCUUCUAACCCCCUCAUAGGGAAUGGGUUCCAGGCCCGUUCCAAUUGCUUUAAAUGCACACGAGACUCAUAGAGGACAGGAGGCCAAACGGCCCUUUGUGCUUAUGCUCUUUGAAAGAGCUCUCCAAUUAAUCCCAUUAUCCUGCAGUUUCCUUUUCCUUUCAAGAAUCUGCCCCAUAUCCUUUAAAAGAUAUAAUUGAACCUCCUUCUCUCACUGUUUUCAGGCAGCAAAUUUCAAAUCACAACAGCUCGCUGUGUUUUCAAACAAAUCAUUCAGGAUAUAGUGUGUUUGGAUUUUCACAGAGCAUUCGAAAUGGUGUCAAAGACAUGGUUAUUACACAAAAUUAAAGCUCAAUCUUUAUCAAUGAUUUUGAUGAGGGGCCUGAUUUUAAAUAUCCAAGUUUGCGGACAAUUAGAAAUAAAUUGCAUUUCUAUAGCACCUCUCAUGACCACAGGACCUCCUAAACCAUUUUACAGCCAAUGAUGUACUUUUGAAGUGUCAUCACUGUUUAACGUAGAAAACUGUAUGUUCCCCUGGGUAAUCAAGUUUAGUUGUAGAAUUCAAUCACUUUCACAACGUAUUCACUGUCAUAAGUAACAAGGUCAAGGAAGCCAUUUUAAACUAACAUGUGGCUUCCUGCAGCCAUUUCACACUCUGUAACUUUUCUUUAUUAACUGUGUAUUGAUUUCAUAUUAAAAGCCAGUCAUGAUACAAACAAUUAUUCAGUAGUGAACCUUGAUUAAGUUCUCAU